CAUGAAACUUCUUUAUUGAACAUUUUUGUUAAAAUAAAAGUCAUACCAUCUUUAAAGCAACCUUCUACCUUUAUUAAAGAGGAUGUAAUUCUUCAGUAAAGCCCAAGCAGGUCCUCUGCGGCCCGGACGGCAUUUGACUUGAGGGUGAUUAAAAAUGAAGCGCCAUGACUGGCCAAUGGGGGCGCGGGAAGCUGUUUACAAGGGGGUGUACCGUUUCUAUGGUUACCGGAGAAACCUCCUGCUCCAGGUAUUAAACUGCCUCCCCGACGGAUCCCACAGCCCGCUGACAGCCGCUACAAAGACCUCCGCGGAGGAGAAGAAGCGCCAGACGCAGCGCCAUAACGCAGCCCGCAGGAAUUCCUUCCUCACAGACAGACAGGUGCAGAGAAAGCAGGUUGAAAGUGAAAAAAAUUGGGGCUCGUUUUUUUAUUUGAAAAGAUUUCUGCUCAACAUACCAACUGAUAACAGUGGCAGGGGAGGAGGAUAGAAGACUGGGAGGGAGCCAUGCUGUCUCUGAGCUGUUCCGACCCCUGGCCCGAAGGCUCGGUGGGCCUAGAGGAGGAGGUGGUGACAGCCGCUGCUCAAGUUGAGGAGCGGGACGCCGGAAACAGGAGCUUCUGCAGCUCCUUGAGCCUGGACGACAGCCUGACCAGCCUGCAGUGGCUGCAGGAGUUCUCCAUCCUCGGUGCGCAGGUGCCGCAGCAGACGCACCAGCAGCCGCACCUGUUCGGCCAGCAGCAGCUGGGGCCCGAUGCUCCGUCCUCCCCUCUGGCCGGGGACCCCGCCUCCUUCGGGAUGCCCCUGACACCAGGGAAGCCCACUGCGGCGGCCUACAGCAGGAUUCAGCCGCUGCCCGGCAUCGUGGUGCACGGCCACUGCCCGGAUGAGGUGGACUAUAAGACCAACGCGCACAUCAAGCCGCCAUACUCAUAUGCAACACUUAUCUGCAUGGCCAUGCAGGCCAGCAAGAAGAGCAAGAUCACCCUGUCCUGCAUCUACAAGUGGAUCACUGACAACUUCUGCUACUAUCGACAUGCUGACCCCACCUGGCAGAACUCCAUCAGACACAACUUGUCGCUCAACAAGUGCUUCAUCAAGGUUCCGCGUCAGAAGGACGAGCCAGGGAAGGGAGGCUUCUGGAAGAUCGACCCACAGUAUGCUGAUCGACUUCUCAGUGGUGCCUUCAAAAAAAGACGGAUGCCUCCAGUCCAGAUCAACCCAGUUCUUCAGAACCGCCUCAGGGGAAACCUGGUGCCACGGUCUACUGUUUCUACCGGGACAUCCAUGGAGCUGAGCCCCAAUCCUGAGUCCCAGAAACUCCUCCAAGAGUUUGAAGAAGUAACCGGAGAUGACCGGAUCUGGGAGCCCCAUCUGGCUGGGGGAACUAUGCUGGGCUCCUGGCCAGUGGUGACAGGAAGAGGUGGCCACAAGAGAAAACAGUCCCUUGGGUCAAGAUCUGGAGUCAGCAAAGCUUCCCGGCACUCCAGCUCCCCUCUGCUUGGUGUGGAUGAACAGAGGGAGAUUGAACCUUUGAAGGGACACUUCGAAUGGGAUGCCUUGUUGGACUCAGCUCUUACUGGAGAGCUCAGUCUGGAUGAAGGGGAGCCUCUGAGCCCUAUCAUGAAAGAAGAUGAGCUGACUUUAAAGGUGACCCGCACCUCACCACCUGAAGCUCCAGCAGGGAUGAGGGACCAAAGGAAGGACGACGAGUCUGACUUUGAUGAGGAGACCUUCCUCGCCACGGCUUUCCUGGAGACGCCCUGGCCAGAGGAGGAGCAGGGUCGUAGCGACUUCCUGUGUAACUCCACCGUCAAUCUGGACCAGCUAUUUGACCUCGGAGACUCCUUAAACAUGGACAGCAGCCGGAUUGACAUCCUCCUUUGAAAGAAUAGAGUACAAACUUUCUUCAGUAUCACAGGGAGAUCCAAAUCUUUUUGUUUUUGCUGUCAAUUGACCUUUUUCUGUCCUUGUCAAGUUGUUUGAUGUGCUUUGAGAACUCCAUUUUAAUCAAUAUUCCCGAGAAACAAUUUCAAAAUCAACCUAACAAAGAUGCCACAAAUGGAAGCAAAAGAUAAUUUCAUGAAAAAUGUAUGAUAUCUAUCAAACAUGAAAGUUGAAGAAGAAAAGAAUCCUGGACCCAUCAGACGGUUCAACCCGACAGUAAAUUUCAGGAUAACCGGAAUAACUGAAGUAGAGCGUCUCUUAAUGUCCUCAUCUUGCUGAUGCUACCAGCCAUUUCUUAUAAAAACGUAUUUCGGCAUAGAAAGAAUUUUUUGUAUUCAGUCAGUUUUAGGUUUAUAUGGUGUUUUGAAGUAUGUUUGACACAAUAUGUGGAACAAAGUGUUUCCACUAAGUUGUCAAAUCAAAAUCCUGGAGCUCCUGGCAUUCAGUCCAGUCAAAGCAGACAUUUUAAAUAACUACAGCAGGUUUAGGAUUAGUUUAGUUGAAUUUCAUUAAAAAAGGAACUAAUCUGUUUGACUUCAGUAUUUUGUUAUAACUCUCACGCUUGGUUUAUGCUUGACGUGUUUGCUUUCCGCGCGGUGAUGCGGCUCGCGGAUGGAACGCGCUUCACAACUCGCAGCGUUUAUGGUUCAUGCGGCUUGUCUCUGCGGUGAGCCAAUAUUCUCCCAAACUGUAGGGGGCAGCAUGGAGCGCUACGGCAUGCAUCCAACACUACACCAUAGUAGAAGAAGAAAUUACUGUUUACAACAUGGCAUUCCAGCAUUUUUUAACAGCGUCCUCGUCUUUUCCGACAGUGUGAGCUAUUUUUCUCCAAGAAUUAUUAACAACAUGUUGAUCACGGUGAUCUCUGAGAGCUGAAUCAUACAAAUGUCUGUAUUUACGAACCUCUGCCAUACUAGUUCUUGCCAGACCGCCAUGUUUUUCCGCGUCUGACCGUCCGCGUGGUUAGAAAAUUUCCUAGGUGUGCGGUGCGGAAAGUUUGGGCCGUGCGGAGGCGCGGUGGAGGGGCGAGGUUGUUAAAAUGACACAACUUUUCCGCGCGGAGCUGUGCGGAUCUCGCGGACGCGGCAAGCACAAACCAAACUUUAGACUCUUCUCGAGGAACCAUUUAUGCUCCUGUCUCUUUAUGAGGCCCCUCCCUAAAGAAAAUACAGUGACAGGUAACCGACUACACCUUUAACGGAAACCAGAGGUGAAAGGUCAUGAUGGAAUCUAGAUAUUCUAAACAGAGACACAAAUAAAUAACUAUUUAUUCAUUUAAAACCUGUUUGAGCUGUAGAAGUUUUAAUCUGUUAGAAACGAACCUUACUGAUAUUUCUUUACUUUCAAGAGAAACCGUUUAAAAAAGAGAUUUACGACAUUUAAAGGAAAGACUGCACAGGUUUGUCUUUUGGACUUAUUUAUGUUUGUGAUGUGUCCCGGCCGUUACGGCAACACAACACGGUCUCUGUUUACGUUGAUAAAAUUCUGUGUUUCCUUGAGGAAAUGUUUGGCUUACGUUUUAUGAAAACUGAUCCUGAGUUGCUUUCUGUGAGGCCAACCCUUGAAUUCUCAGAUGAAACGUUAUUUUGACGACAGGAGCACUAUGAUGAUUAAGUCAAAGACAUUUGCCAAUAUUUUGUGCAGGAGUGUAUUAUUCCAUCACCUUUUUUGGUUUGUGUGGAGAUUUAAUAAUAUAAUGUUUCUUCUUUAUGUAUUUUUUAGACAACGAAACUAGUUUCACCACUUUUUACCACCAGAUAGCUCAUCAUUUUAACAAAAUGCUUCUAGAAGUAUUACAUUAUCUCUUGCUGUAACUUUUUAGCUAAUAGAUGCAAAUUAAAACAAGUUUUGAAGGAAUGAACAGAGAACAGCUUGAGGCAGACUCCUCCAGUAAUUAGGAAGUUAAAGUGCUCUUUUUUAGAAAGCCUUGUAAAUGAGUAGCUGACCUUCUAUGUGCCAAGAACAACACUCGGGACUCUACAGGGUGAUGGCGGUGUUUUAAUUCCCGAGGGGAAAGCCGUUUUUGUUUCGGUGUGUGCAGGGGGCUGGUGCACUAACCGAACCGAGCAUGACGACAAACAGCUGAUACAGAAAGGUAAGGUGUGUGAAAGUGCAAUCAAUGUACAGCGAUACCUGUUUUUAUUUUACACAGUAGGAGCUUUUUCAUGCUGUUUACUUUGGGAAAACUAGCUUCACUGCUUUGUGUAUUUAGAGGUACGAACACAGUUUAUCGGGUAAAAGGACGUGUGUGUGUGUGUGUGUGUGUGUGUGUGUGUGUGUUAGCUAAACUCAAUCAAACACUUAUAGCCUCUUACCUCACGAUUAACUCUGUAAGAAAACACUGAUGUCAGAUAUUGUAUGUUUUGUUUUAUGUUACUGUUAUUAUUUUCCACUUCACUUUGACAAUAAAAUUGUUUUACAGCA